GGUGUACGUAAUGCUAUUUAGAUGGGCAUUGGUUCUACUUGCUUAUGCUAAACAGGUAAAAAAUUAAAGAGAACAUCUUGGAAAUAAAAGGCAUGAGCUAAAGAACAAAUCCUGACUGUCAUGGGGUAUUGGAGCAAAACAAUAUGUACAUUGGAGAAAUCGUGGAACAAUCGAGUCAUGACGAUCUCCAAGGAUAGAGUGAAGCCAUCGAACACCUGGACAGCUGGAUGUUGCCGGAGAUCUUCAUCACCGACAUCGUCUACCAGAUGCAGAGGUUGCAAGAGCACCCCCAGCGGGGAUUUUCAGGAGCACAAGAAUUCCUCAUGGAUCUCGUAACAUGGUGAGCACCAAAGAAGUAAAAGAUGACCUAUCUCUGCUCAUCUCUUCUGCCAAUGAUCACUCUGCCGUCACCCAAGGCACGAAGAACAUACAAAGGUGGGGCGUAAACAAGCAUGUAAUCAUGCCCAGUGAUGACGAACAAAUGAACUGUUACCCCAUCAAACGUGUAUAUCCUCUCGAUAUAUUAUCAAAUAGCGGCCACCGUGAUGGUUCUAUAUACAGGAGUAUAUGGAAUAAACAAGCUGAUGCCUCAGACCGAAGUGAGACUCGGUUGGAGGCAAAGAUGCAUUCAGAACCCACAAGUCGUUGCUUGUUGCGCGAUGGAGUUUGUAUAUUCCAUGCACCUAGUAACAUGCUGCAGGUUUUCUCAUUAAAGUUGGCAAAUAUUCCUGUGGAUAGUGGCUCUGUGGAGUUGUAUGGAUACAUAGCAGUACGGGAUGGUUUGGAUCGAUUGCUUAAUUAUGUCGUCAACUUUAGCAGAGAUGAUCCCAUCAUCGUGGAGCAGGGUGCUCUCAUCAACAUGAAUGGCCCUAAGCGAGCGAUACAUAUGUAUGACACUGUUUUCAUUGAGUAUGACAUGAAGAUCAAGACAGGUCAACAAGAAAAAGAUGAUCUACAGUUGAUUGAUGGUCUAUCAUUCAUAGACGACACGGGUACAUGGAAUCGUCACACGAUAACAAGACGCAUUAAUGGAGAUUCUGGCGCUGUCGACUUAACUUUUUUGCGUCUUGAAAGGGCUGUUCAAGGAACUGUAGAAGUUUCCAUAUCAGAAGUGAAAUGCAGUUUCAAAUUGUCUCUUGGUUGUAUCCUCAGUAGAUUGAAUGAAGAAAUUUGUCUCUUCGAUGGCAACAUUGGUGGUGAAUCAAGUGUUUUACGGAGCUCUGUGGUUGCUGUCAACAUUGAUUCUGGGAUGGAUUUGAAGUUCAAGUUUGGUUCAGAGUCCUCCAUUUCUGUUGAAGUAUGUUCCUUCGAGGCGAGCAAUCAUGGGGUAUCUACUCAGCAGAUAAAGACUGAUAUUGCAUUGAUCUCAGUUACGGUGACUUGGUCGGCUUUGCUGGAAUGA